AUGGUCCUUCUGGGGCUCUCUAUUUUGAUCGUCUCUGUAUCCUUCCUCUGCUACAGACAUCCACCCUCCACUUGGCCGCUUCGACAGUGGCAAUGGCUCCGACGACGGCCUUCGCCCUCCAUCGAGCAAUCCAAAACCAAAAGGCAGCAUAGCGAUGCGCCGGCGGCAAUAACGAACCAUGCACCAACUACGAUAACUACAAGCCGUGACAAGACCGCUAUUGAAUUCGCGACAGCUGUAUCAGGGACCGCCACUGCGCCUUUGGUACCCAAAGAAGCGCUCAGGGCCGACUUGGACCGCAAGGCUAUGCCCCCUCCCCCACCACCGCCUUUGAAGAAACAGAAGCUCAACCCCAAACCCGAUUCACCACCUACAACUCCUCGAGCAGCCACAACUACAGAAUCCCCAACAACACCGACAGUUCCCUCCUUCACCUUUGGACUGGAGGAUGAUACCGACUCGCUUCCCCCGCCCUCAUUUCCGGCAGCGAACUCUGCCCAAAGAGCCUCAACAGGAGCAGGAGCGCGUGUUCCUCCCCGAUUGAACCCCGUUCUUGCUUUCACACAACCCGCACAAGCAUCUGGAAUGAUGCCUCCACCUAGACGCGGGCCUCUUCCUCUCCCAAACCGAACACCGGCGGCAGCUUCUUCCUCUCUCGCCCCUCCUCCCACACAUACCGCUAUCCCGACCAAACCUCGCAAGAAGGUCCUUCUAACACCGGGCCAUUCGCCUCUCGACUGGGCCAGGCUGUCCAGCUCACCCACCGCUAAUCUCCGUGGUCUCCCUCCCUCAACAGGUUACCUCCGCGUCCCGCCCUCGUUACUCAAGCAGCAUAACGGUCGCAAGGGGAAGGAUGCGUGGACAGUGUUAGGGGGGCGGGUGUAUAACAUCACGCCCUACUUGCCAUAUCACCCUGGAGGUGUGCCGGAGCUGAUAAGAGUUGCGGGCCGGGAUGGGAGUAAAUUAUUUGGGGAGGUGCAUCCCUGGGUUAACUGGGAGGGGAUGUUAGAGGGGUGUUUGAUUGGGAUGGCGGUUGAGGAAGGGGAGCGGGGUAGUAGUCUGGAAGAUAUGGACUGA